AUGACUACUGGGAGACGAUCGUCUUCUUCGAGGGUCGAUAAUUGGAACAUUGCCUAUGCUGUUUGGACUGCACUUAAAGAUUCAUAUGCGGAAGACUCGCAAGAACGUGAAUUCACACUCCUUCAACAGAUCACAUAUCUCCGCAAGGAAGAUGAUCAAAGUAUUGGUGAACACAUCCGCACUUUCAAAGGUUUAUGCAAAAACCUUGUUGCAAUUGGGAAACAUGUCCCAGACAAAGAGAAAGUUUUCUAUCUCCUCACAAGCCUUGGAAACGAGUAUGAACCAUUCACAACAACCAUGAUAAAACCUCCAAGGCCAUCAUACUCUGAGUUAAUCUCACAACUCCAAAGUCAUGAUCAACGUCACAAUUGGUUCUCCCAUCAUUCCAAUACGCACAACUCUUCCACUCCUCAAGUGGCUUUCUAUGGUGAACAACAACGAUCUCGUCAAUUUUCCUCUCAACAUCAAAGGAAUUCUCAAACCUUCACAUCAACUGGGAGAGGAUUUCAGGCUCAACCACCCAAUAACCAAAAUAAAAGCCAAAUCCUUAUGAGCACACAACAGAGAUGUCCUCCACCACCGGGACAACGGUGUAUGACUCUUACAGAACGAGAACAGUAUCAGAAUGAAAAAUGUCAAUACUGUGAUAAAAUGGGCCAUGUAGCAAAGAUAUGUUGGUGGGUGUCCAAGAAACCAACUCAAUCUGAUGAUAUACCUCAAGCACUUGCAACCCUUACCUUAGACAACACAAUUGCUUAA